AUAUAUAAUUUUGUGUUAUUUAAAUUAAAUUUUAGAUAGAAAUAUUUAUAAUUUUAACCACAGCUGUUACUGCGGAAGUAAUUGAUGAAUUAUUAUCGAUUUUAGAUGUCUUCUUUAGUAAGUAGAAUCUUCUUUUCCCUAACCCUUUCCUAUACGGUUUCCUUUUCUUCUCAUGGUCUUUUAAUAAUUUCCCUAUUUAACAACAAGUGAAAACUCAAAUCCAACUUCUUCUUCUUCUUCUUCUUCCCUGAAUAAAAAAAAAAAAAAAAAAAAAACCUUCUUCUUCUUCCCGUCUCUCUCUCUCUUUCUCUCUCCCCAUAUAUGUACUACUUGUAAAUAGUAAUACAUACGACUGUUAAAUCUUCCAUUCACCAUUAAGUAAAGAAACCACUCGAACCCUUCGCAAUGGCUGCCAUGGCCGCUCAAAGUAAUAGGAGCUUGAACCCUUCUGCACCCGAGUUCUUUCCUAAAUGGUACAUGAACAUCCAUACUCAAACCCAAUCUCUCUGUCGUGUUAACCCUCCUCCUCCUCUUCACUUUAAUCUCCCUUCUUGUUCUCCUCCUUUUUCUCCAUUUCCAAAUCCGAAUUACAACCUAUCUUCAUCUUAUCGUGUCCACUACUACUCUCCGUUUACCCACUUUAGUACUAAUAAUACCUGUAGUUAUCCCAAAAAUGAAACAAAUCCUUCGGUUUUAUCACAAAAUUAUGAUCACCUCUUGGUUCCUGCAGCAACUGAGCCAAGCCAUCCUUCGGUUGGUCUAACCCAAACUCAAAGAGAAACCGAGGACCAAACCCAGUUGGUGCAUGAACCAAAGGAGGUGAUUGGAAUGGUUACUGGAGAGGUUAGUCCAAGAGGUGUUAAGAAAGGAGUGUUUGAGAAUCGGAGAAGUCGCAGUGGUGGUCAUGGUAAUGGGAGGGAAAAGGGUUUUCAUGAGAAUCAAAGAUUUAAGAAAGAGUGGAAAGCAAAGCACGAUGAUGGUGAUGGGAAUUGCAAGGGUCAAGAUUUUAGUACUAGCAGAAGGCAUGCAAAGUCUAGAUUUGGUGUUUGCAGGCAAAAGCAUCCCGUUGUAUCCAUUCACCCUGAAAAUACUACAGUCAUGAUCAGGAAUAUACCCAACAGAUACACACGUGAAUUGCUGAUGGAAUUUCUUGAUUAUCACUGCAUGCUAGAGAAUGAAAAGGCAAAAGAGUCUCAUAAUAAUGAGACGUCAGCUUUUGAUUUUCUAUAUCUUCCUAUGGAUUUUGAGAAGAAGGCAAACAAAGGCUAUGCAUUCGUCAACUUCACAGAACCAAGAGCCGCGUGGAAGUUUCACCUUGCAAUGGACAAUCAGGGUUGGAGCCUUUUCCAAUCCGGCAAGACUUGUGAAAUAGCUAGUGCACGACUCCAGGGAAAAGAGGAGCUAAUAAGGCAUUUUCAGAGUUCAACUUUUAAAUGCGAAACUGAUAGCUAUUUACCAGUUUGCUUUAGCCCACCUCGCGAUGGUUCAAAGGCAACGGUGAAGCAGAUGAUUAUAGGGAGACGUAUUGGGUAACCAAAUCUAGCUUAUUAGAUUUGGUUGCCUUGAUGUGAACAUGUAUGUCAGUACACCGUCAGUUUCAUUCUCAAGGUUUAGUUUCAAAGCACUAGUGAAGUGGUAGUUGGUUUUUCAGUUUUCUGUUUGUAUUAGUUCUGUUGGACUUGCAAUCUUCUGUUGCUAACUUUUCACUGUGGACAACGCUGUGUCAUGGUAGAAAUUCUAGGGCAUGCGCAUGGAUGGCUGAGAACUCCCAUUACAAUUGGGUUACAUCAUUUGAUGUCACAAUCGUAUUGGGUAGUUCAUAAAGGAAAGGAUCAAUGCUAUUGGGACAUUGUCAUGCCAUCCAAUUAUAUAAAUUGGGUAGUUUCUACUGUAGAAUUUCUCUAUGAUACAGCUUGGUUGUAAGGGCCAGUGCAGUUUAAUAUGCAUGUAAUAGGUCAGAUUGCUCUUGUGAAGAAGAAGAAGAAGAUGAAGAGAGGGUGGACCUUGGCACCAGGUCCUGCUAAACCAUGGAAAGGGCAGGUGGUGGGAUCCACCCUCCUUCCUUAUGGAUGGAUGGGCAGUUCGUUUGUAUGGUAAUGUAAUGUACUA